GACACAUAUCAGACCAACUACUCAACUACUUGUCAGUGAAGUUAGAAUCUUACAGUAGAUAUUACCAUUAGGAGUCAGUUAGAAAGGUAAUCAUACAGUAGAUAUUACCAUUAGGUGUCAGUUAGAAAGGUAAUCAUACAGUAGAUAUUACCAUUAGGAGUCAGUUAGAAAGGUAAUCAUACAGUAGAUAUUACCAUUAGGAGUCAGCUAGAAAGGUAACUACACAGUUAGUUGAGAUGGAUGACUACGUCAAUGAAGAGGUUAUUGAAGGAAACAAAGUUAUUGCAGAAAAAAAGAUCAGAGCAAAGAAAAGAGUGAAGACUGAGACCCAUCGCUCAGGACCUGAGGAUUCAGGAAGAACACUCUACAGGAUGGUUGUUGUGAGCUUUGGGAUACUCUGUGUUCUACAAGGCACUCUCAACAUCUCCCUGAGACUAGUCUAUAACAGAAGCAUCGGAGACUCUGAAAAUAAGCAUUUCUAUCUUCAUAAAAUUAAUAUGACUAAAGAGAGAGACCAGCUACAGACAAGUUACAACGGGCUGACUAAAGAGAGAGACCAGCUACAGACGAGUUACAACGGGCUGACUAAAGAGAGAGACCAGCUACAGACGAGUUACAACAGGCUGACUAAAGAGAGAGACCAGCUACAAAGAGAGAAAGACAACUAUCAUAAGAAGUUAGAAGAGCAAACCUGUUGCUCUAAUGGAUGGAUGAGGUUUGAACGCAGCUGUUACUACAUCUCUACUUUCUACAUCUCCACUGUGAAGAACACCUGGGAUUAUGCCAGACAGGACUGUCUGAACAGAGGAGCAGACCUGGUGAUCAUAGAGAGCAAAGAUGAACAGAUAGGCUCCUCCCACACCCACAGCCAAGGCUCCACAUGCCCUUCUCGUGUGGGCCUUAAUAGCUGCCAGGCCCUAAGCACCCCAGAGUAA